CCUUCGAACUCCAGAAGGUUUAGGCAAUACCAGACCAGGGAGUGAGAGAGAGAGAGAAUUCUAGAGAAACGGGAAAUUGAGUCACUGACGAGUAAUAAUCCGCCACGUGGAAGCAUGGCCGUCGUGGAUCACCACCCUCGGACCCACUCCGACAUGAAGCUCUUUAGGCUGUGUCCGUUCUGGCAGCCGGGGAGCCAAACGUCGUCGUCUUCGUUGUCGGCGAGGAAUUUGCAGAGCCAGAGUAGCCGAAACCUUGUCGGAACCAAGCCCAGGCCCAAAACGGUGUCGUCCGUCGCGAGAUCGCUUCUGCCGCCUCGCCGGAGGCUAAGGCUCGACCCUGCGAACAACCUUUACUUCCCUUACGAACCUGGGAAACAAGUCAAGAGCGCAAUCAGGUUAAAGAACACAAGCAGGUCACACGUGGCUUUUAAGUUUCAAACGACUGCACCAAAAAGCUGUUAUAUGUGUCCUCCUGGUGGAAUCCUAGCUCCUGGAGAAAGCCUAAUCGCAACUGUGUUCAGGUUUGUGGAACACCCCGAGAACAGCCAAAAACAUUUGGAUCAGAAGACAAAGGUUAAGUUCAAAAUCAUGAGUCUGAAAGUAAAAGAAGAUACGGAGUAUGCGCCUGAGCUGUUUGAAGAACAAAAAGACGACGUUGUAGUUGAGCGGAUUUUGCGCGUUGUGUUUUUAGACACCGAGCGUCCUAGUCCUGCUCUGGAGAAACUGAAACGCCAAUUGGCUGAAGCCGAGGCUGCACUCGAAGCGCGCAAGAAACCUCCGGUAGACGCAGGGCCACGUGUAGUUGGGGAAGGUCUUGUUAUAGAUGAAUGGAAAGAGCGUAGGGAGAAAUACCUUGCUCGGCAACAGAUCGAAGCAGUGGAUUCGUUGUAAAGUUGUGAACUUGCUCUUAAUUUUUUCACAAUGUUUUUGCCCUGAUGGAACAUCAGAUUGCUGUAAAAUCCAUUCCAAGCAACAAAUAUUUGGAUAAGGUGGUGGGGGAGUGGAAAGAAAAAUGGUUUUGGUAGCCUAGUGUUGUUAUGUAGAACCAAAAAAAAAAAAAAAAAAAAAUUGAUGCCAAUUUUUUGUGAAAUGAGAAACAUGGGGGUCAUGGUCUGAUUUUCCUGUUUCCUGGGAUUGACCUCCUGUUUGUAGAUAGUGAAUUCUGCCUAUGAAAAUAAUGAGAUUUGUCCCUUUUAUGUUUGUCAAUGAGAAUGAAGCAAUUCUGUUGGAAAA